AUGGCCUGCUGCUCCACUAGCUUCUGUGGAUUUCCCACCUGCUCCACCAGCGGGAACUGUGGCUCCAGCUGCUGCCGGCCCAACUGCUGCCAGGACAGCUGCUGCCAGCCCAGCUGCUGCCAGAACAGCUGCUGCCAGCCCACCUGCUGCCAGCCCACCUGCUGCCAGAACAGCUGCUGCGGGACCGGCUGUGGCACUGGCGGCGGCCAGGAGGGUGGCUGCGGAGCCGUGAGCUGCCGCGUCAGGUGGUGCCGCCCUGACUGCCGCGUGGAGGACACCUGCCUGCCCCCCUGCUGUGUGGUGAGCUGCAUACCCCCCACCUGCUGCCAGCUGCACCACGCCCAGGCCUCCUGCUGCCGCCCGUCCUACUGUGGACAGUCCUGCUGCCGCCCCGCCUGCUGCUGCUACUGCUGCCAGCCCAGCUGCUGCCAGCCCACCUGCUGUGAGCCCACCUCCUGCCACGGGAACUGUGGCUCCAGCUGCUGCCGGCCCAACUGCUGCCAGGACAGCUGCUGCCAGCCCAGCUGCUGCCAGAACAGCUGCUGCCAGCCCACCUGCUGCCAGCCCACCUGCUGCCAGAACAGCUGCUGCAGGACCGGCUGCUGCCUGCCCCCCUGCUGUGUGGUGAGCUGCAUACCCCCCACCUGCUGCCAGCUGCACCACGCCCAGGCCUCCUGCUGCCGCCCGUCCUACUGUGGACAGUCCUGCUGCCGCCCCGCCUGCUGCUGCUACUGCUGCCAGCCCAGCUGCUGCCAGCCCACCUGCUGUGAGCCCACCUCCUGCCACUGCUGCCGGCCCAACUGCUGCCAGGACAGCUGCUGCCAGCCCAGCUGCUGCCAGAACAGCUGCUGCCAGCCCACCUGCUGCCAGCCCACCUGCUGCCAGAACAGCUGCUGCGGGACCGGCUGUGGCACUGGCGGCGGCCAGGAGGGUGGCUGCGGAGCCGUGAGCUGCCGCGUCAGGUGGUGCCGCCCUGACUGCCGCGUGGAGGACACCUGCCUGCCCCCCUGCUGUGUGGUGAGCUGCAUACCCCCCACCUGCUGCCAGCUGCACCACGCCCAGGCCUCCUGCUGCCGCCCGUCCUACUGUGGACAGUCCUGCUGCCGCCCUGCCUGCUGCUGCUACUGCUGCCAGCCCAGCUGCUGCCAGCCCACCUGCUGUGAGCCCACCUGUUAA